GCAACCUCGAGGGAGGUCUAGCCUUCUGGCUGGAGGGUGGAACGGCCUCACCCAUGAACUGCUUCGAGAAGGUCCCAGCCGAGCCAUACGUCUGGCGUGGUGUUCCGGAAGGCCGGCAUCACAUUCAGGCGGUGCUGUGGAAAGCUCGCGCAAAUUCAUCCAUGCAGCCGACUUGCCGCGAGGACCUGGAGAACAAGGCUGCUUUCGAAGUGACGCGGGCGGAGAGGGUGGAAUUUUGCGUGCGCCGCUUUGAAGAUUUCAUUGCCGCGUAUGAUUGGCGGAAAGUGGAGCCUUGGCAUCGGGUACCUGAAGGCCUCGAGAUAGCGGUCAAUCUACAGGAGGGUGGAAGCCAAGCUCGCAUCCCACAGCCGUGGUCGUGGGACGUUCUCGUAGUUGGCCAGGCGAAACAGACUGUCCAAGUCCGUGCCGACACCAAAAUGGCUGAUGUUCUCCAAGGCCUUGGCCUGUCCGACUCGACACAUGAAGUGGUUUGGUGUCAAGAAGGCGGAUCUCACGAACGCGUCCUGCAGCCCAACUGGACAGCGGUUCAGGCUGACCUCUUUAGAUAUCGUGACCAGAUCGUGGUCCGAAGAUUCGCGACUUUGGUGGACUGA